AUGUCCCUCGCUCGCAAUUUUGUGAAAUUAUUAGACCUGGGAGCGCAGUUAUACCGCUCUUGUUCCUGCUCGCCCUUCAUCAUUCGGUUUUUACUCUUCUCACACCAUUUUCGAUCUGUGUAUCCUCCCUCUGCUGUCGUGCUCGUCAGCAUGGCUGUGCUGACUCUCCUCACCUUGUUCUGCGCUUUGGCAUCCGCCUGCGCUCAGAAUCUACCGCGCCCCGGCCCAGUGGCAGCAGGGGGGGGUGGCGGAGUGGCAGCGGGGGGAGGGCCUGGGGGAGCUGCAGCGGGAGGGGGAGGCGGAGCAACAACAGGGGGGUUGGGGGGACCCUUUCCACGAGUGGCGCAGCAGGGGCAGGGGGGAGCGCCUGGACAGCUGGGGACCUCUAUGCCCAUCUGGAGGCUGAGCUGGAAGGUCAGCAGAAUGAUGACAUUGAAGGGCGUAUGCACAUAUUCGCCUUCAGUGUUGACAACACCACGUUCAACCUCCUCGUCCGCGUGCGCCCAGCAGCCCCCAGGGGGAGGGGGCGGAGCACCAGGGGGGGGAACGCCUGUGCCAGGGGGGGGAGGCGGAGUAGGGGGAAUGCCGAUGCCAGCAGGGGGAGGGGGCGCAGCACCAGGGGGGGGAACGCCUGUGCCAGCAGGGGGAGGGGGCGGGGCACCUCAGGGGGGCGGGGCACCUCAGGGGGGCGGCGCACCUCAGGGGGGCGGCGCACCUCAGGGGGGCGGCGCACCUCAGGGGGGCGGAGCACCAGGGAGGGGAGCAGCACCAGGGGGGGGAGCAGCACCAGGGGGGGGAGCAGCACCAGGUGGGGGAGCAGCACCAGGUGGGGGAGCAGCACCAGGUGGGGGAGCAGCACCAGGUGGGGGAGCAGCACCAGGGGGAGGACCGGGGGGGCCUGGGGAAGCUGGAGCAGCAGGGGGAGGGGGGCCGGGAGGGCCAGGAGGCGCACCUGACAAGGUUAAGAAGAAGGUUCCGCGGGUGGCACAGCAGGGGCAGGGGGGAGGACCGGGGGGAGCAGAGCUGGGAGAUCUCUAUGCCCAUUUGGAGGCUGAGCUGGAGGGUCAGAACAACGACGACAUCGAAGGGGAAAUCCACAUCUUCACCUUCCGCACCACUGCUGGCGCAUUCAACGUGCUUUACAUCCUCACAGCCAAGCAGCUCCCCCAGCAGUCGCCGCCCACCAACGCCACCAUCACUCGCGGCCGCUCCGUGGCCCUCACCUUCCCCGCCACGUGGCGCGAAACCACUGGCCAGCCGGGCUUCAAGCAGAACGACGCUGAUACGGACAACGAUGGGGAUUGUCCCGACGGCAAAUGUUACAGCUACGCUGCGGCUGGUUACUGGGCGAACGCGGAUAAGACUGUUACGGAUGUGGUGAAUGGUAUGGUUGCGGAUGCAGAGGCAUAUCAGGGACACAUUGCUCUGCCCUCAGGGGAGGAUGUGAAGGGCGACUUUGAGCUCGAAUAG